AUGUUGGUUGAUACCAACCAGCGAGAUACUGCAACCGAAAUCUUUGGCCACCGCGUAUCUGCCCCCAUCGGAUUUGCACCAAUUGGCAUCAACCGCAUUUACCAUCCCACGGGAGAACUUUCCGUUGCCAAAGUAGCCCAAGAGCUCAACUUGGCCUACUGCUUGUCCUCUGCUGGAAGCUACAGCAUCGAAGAUGUCGCCAAAGCGAACGGCUCCGGACCUCGAUUCUUUCAGCUGUACCAGAGUCCCGACGAUGAGCUCUGCAUCUCUAUGCUCCAACGAGCCUUUGAUAACGGCUUCGAUGCUUGCAUGCUGACGACGGAUACUUGGUCCCUCGGCUGGCGUCACAACGAUGUCUUCACUGGAAACUACGCCUUCUACCACGAUCACGGAGCAGGCGAUCUUGGUCUUCAGGACCCUGUGUUCCAGAAGCGUCUCAAGGAGGCGGGUAUUGACCCAGUGAAAAACCCAAAGGAGGCGGGCGCAAAAUGGAUUGAUGAGAACAUCUGGCAUGGCCGCGCCAUUACCUGGGAGAAGAUGAAGUGGACCAUGGCGCAGUGGAAGAGGAUUAGCGGAGGAAGGCCGUUUUGCCUAAAGGGCAUUCAGAAUGUGGAAGAUGCGAAGAAGGCGGUUGAAUUGGGUGUGGACGGCAUUGUGGUUUCGAACCACGCCGGACGACAGGUCGACGGAGGCAUCUCCAGCCUUGAUGCUCUGGAGAAGAUUGUCGAUGCCGUUGGCGACAAGAUCUACAUCAUGUUCGACUCUGGAGUGCGCAGCGCCGCCGACGCCUUCAAGGCCCUCGCCAUCGGAGCUAAAUUCGUCUUCAUUGGUCGUCUUUGGGUCUGGGGCCUUAGUAUUGCCGGAGAGCACGGCGUGCGACACGUCUUGAAGAGUCUGCUGGCGGAAUUCGACAUUCUGAUGGAAGUUGGCGGGUUUGUCAAGAUUGAUGAGAUUGACCGCAGCUGCAUCGACUCUCUGCCCAACUCGUCCAACUUGAUUGCUGAGCACUCUGCUAUCUAA